GAGAGCAGCUCUGGACCAGACUUCGCGGAGCCACCUAUACACCGGAGCUACACGGAGCGAGCAGCAGAACAUCUGGAGAACAUCUUCAACGUGCUUCUCUCCGUCCUCCUCCUCCAGGAUCCCGGUGUAUUUAUCUGUGAUCUCCACACUCAGCAUGAAGUUCGUGGUGGUGCUGGUGGGAGCGGGCACCUUGGCCUUCCUCGGCGCCGUCAUCUGCAUCAUCGCCAGUGUUUAUCCCCGGAAAAACGCCGCGCCUCUCGGCGACAACAGCACCCUGACAUCGGAGUCGCUGCUCCUGGAGCCCGGCUCGGUGGCUCACGCCGGCCCGCUGGGCGCGCUGCACGGAGCCGAGUCCUACGGAGGAGGCAACGGGCUCGGCGGCAUCGGACUGGAGGUGCCCACUCUGAACGAGCUCAACCUCGGCGAGGAGACGGGAGGAGGCUCCGCGAAGCAGUUCAGCUUCAGCCGCCUGAUCUGCACCCCUGUGCCGGUGGGAGAGUGCAAGACGAAGGACCUGAGGCGGGAGCAGCAGCAGGCGGACGAGCCGCUGUACGGAGCCGGGGACGAGGACUGGACUUACCUCCGCACCACCGCGGAGGAGCUCCGGCAGAUGGUCCUGCAGCAGAACGACCAGAUCCUCAUGGACCAGAGGACCAUCCGGGAGCUGACGGGGAAGCUGAGCGAGUGCGAGAGCGGCCUGGAGGACGACCGGACCGUCCCGGAGCGGAGCAUCGGGGUGUGGAGCGGGAACCGGCGCGUCAUGGCCGGGGACGAGGUGAGCUCCUCCACCGCGGCGCAGCUGCAGACCGCGCGGGCUGUGGAGGAGCUGGCCCGGGCCAUCAUGGACCUGAAGGACCGCAUAGAGAAACUGGAGGCGGAGAUAGGCCCGGCUGCACUGAACCUCACCGACGCAUCCCUGGGUACAAGCGGCAGCAGCAGCAGUAACACUGGCAGCAGCAGCAGCAGCGGCAGCCCGGGUGGUAACACCGUCAAGGCCCCUGCUCCACCAGCCGGCAGUGCUUCCUCCCCACCUGCAGCCGCCGCCCCAGGCAGCCGCCGUCCCGCCUCCCCUGCGUCCCCCGCUUCCCCUGCCCCCAAACCCCCCGCUCCUAAGGUGUCCCCCGGGCGUGGAAAGGGCACCUGGAGGGUGGAGGACCUGGAGGGGGAGCUGGAGCGCAAGAUAAAGAUGUUGGAGAAGGAGCGUCAGGCCAUGAGGAAGGAGACUCAUGGGCAACACGAGAAGAUCAAUCAGGGGCUCGACACGGUCAACCACCGCGUCACUGAGCUCGAACACACGCUGACAGAGCCGUCGUUCCCCGAUGGCUUCGUGCUCUCCUUCCCCAUGCGGACUAACUACAUGUACGGCCUGGUGAGGAAGGAGAUCAGUGAGAUGUACGCCUUCACUGCCUGCGUGUGGUUGAAGGCCAAGGAAGGAGGCAUCGGGACCCCCUUCUCCUACUCAGUGCCGGGGCAGCCCAACGAGCUGGUGCUGCUGCAGGGCGUCCACAACCCCGUGGAGCUGCUCAUCAACGACAAGGUGGCGCAGCUGCCCCUGUCCCUACCGCAGGACGAGUGGCAGCACAUCUGUGUCAGCUGGACCCUGAGGGACGGAGUGUGGAAGGCCUAUCAGGGCGGGAAGAUGAAGGGCAGGGGGGAGGGGCUGGCUGCCUGGCACCCCAUCAAACCAGGAGGGGUCCUCAUACUAGGACAGGAGCAGGAUACGCUGGGCGGGCGAUUCGAUGCCUCGCAGGCGCUGGUCGGGGAGCUUUCCCAGUUCAACCUGUGGGAUCGGGUGCUGAAGCCCAUCGAGGUGGCUGCCCUGGCCGAGUGCAGUUCCCCGCUUGGCAACAUCGCCCCCUGGACCGACCUGGACGUAGAUGUUUACGGCGGUGCGACCAAGGAGUCCCUGGACCCCUGCCACGCCGCCCAGAGAUCCAACCCCUCCAGCCCCAGACAGUGAGGGGUGACGGAGAGAAUUCGGCCAUGGGUGGUCGGGGUAUAGGUCGUUUUAUGAGUUGAUUCAGGCGUUUGAAGGCACAUCAUAUUGGACUUUACAGUAUAUUUAUUUGUUUGGGGAAGGAAACCUUUCUGGUGGAGCGAAUGUUAGACCUCUGUGGUCGUUCAGAGUGGUGUAUCUGUUUUGUUUUUUGUGUUGGUGUCCACGCUCGUGUGUUAACUUCUGCAGUGAGAUACAUUGAGUUAGCGAAGGCUGCAUGGGUGGAUCAACUUCUGGCAUGAACCGGACUAUGAUGGAAUAUUUCCAUAAGCGAUUAUUAAUUGCCUCUGGUUAAAUGUACCGCUGUACUGUGGGUAAUAAUGUGUUGGGCCAGUUAACUUCACGCGGUGAUUCAGGCAGAGGGCUGGGUUGGGUUCGGAUGCCGAUAUGGACGAACCUCUCAUGAUGCCAUAUCCAAUCCUUUUCUUCAUUUUACAGACAGAAAGUUCUAUCUUUGUUUUCGUUGCGUCCAGUUAGCGGAAAGUGAUGCUAUCAUGGUAACAAUGAAAAAAGGAGUUUUGUUCUUUUUUCUUUGACUCUAUAUGAUCCUGUUGAAUAACGUCUGUGUUCUUUUAAGUUUUCUAUAUUGCGUACCAUGAUUUGGUAAAACGGUGGUCUUAUAAAUGUACAGUAUAUUGUGUAAUGUAUCUCUGCUAAUGUUGCUCUGUGCCAGUCUGCUGCCCCUGCUGUUGCCUCACACACACACACAACUCACAGUCCUGCAGAGUCAAGUCGCAGAUUUUUUGUUUGCAGCUUAAACGAAGCAGCGCUCGACCUUUUGAUUGACGUCUGAAAUUAACACUCGAUGUCUAACUCACACACCGAUCGGACACCGAGGCUACAUCCAUACUACGUUCUAGUUUUAAAAAACGUUUCACUGCUACUCUGGAGAUUUCAAGCACCUAAAAACGGAGAAACCAGGACUGUGUUGUAACAUGAACUGGCCAAAACGGAGAUGUUUGGAAUCGCAUGCCCAGCGUACUUGAAUGGUCAUGUGAUGUGCUUUUCCAGAUGUGUGGACUGGGAUUAUUAUGCUCGACUCACAUGUAAGCGUUGCGUUAAUGCCUUGCGCUGGGCGUGACCUAUUCUGGGUGGUAUUGCGAUCAUCAUAACGACGGCAAGACACACAACUAGUUAUCAAUACAGUGAUAAAGAGUAGCUCAUGGGAAAUAAAAUCCACAACCAGAUGAACACACACCAGGUUCAACAGCUGCCUCCGCCUCUGCUUUCACAUAAACGUUUGCUUAGGUUGUGUAGCUCUGUGGCAGAAGGUUUGCAGUUCAACUCCCGAAACCCUCCCGCAACCUAUUUCCUAAAUUUCCCUCGGGAUCAUCAAGUAUCCAUCUAUCGAUCUGUUUGAUUGGCUAGCGGCUACGCUUGAGUGUUGGCUUGAUCACGAUUUCAUUGGCUGGAACCUACAUGAUAGCUUGAGCUCUGCAGCCAGAGCAACGCAACACAACGGACCCACAAUGCAACAGAUGAAAGAUGCCACCAGCCCCUUCAAAGUGAAUUAGCAGCGUUACGGUUGACGUGUCCAACGCGGAAGUGUGAGUCCAGCGUAACUGAUACAGAGCGAAAAACACACGAGUGGCUGGAGAUCGUUUGGGUUUUAAAAGGAGAACGUACCAGUGUGGAUGUAGCCUGACAUCUGAGUAGCUUUUCUGACAUGUUGAUGUAUCCUUGAAUGUAAUCCAGAUGGAAUGUGAGUAAAUGUGCAUGACCAGGGUCAAAUCUGCUGUCACUUCAGAAACAAAGUAGAAAUGUUGGUGUCCGUGAACUGCCCCCACGCUCUCUGAAGCACACAGGUGUCUGUUGGUAAAUCACAUCCUCACAGAACACAUGACAGACCGUGAGGAUUUACUCUAUGAUGACCAUUUUGUACUGUGCAUCGAACUCUGUAUAAAAGAUCAGCAUGAAAUAUUUGUGUUUAUUUAACCUCGGAGCGGACAGAGACGGUAGCAGGCGGCUGUCACCACCUGACAAACUGAAAAACCCACAAACCAAAUAAAUAAAUAGAUUCAAAACAGCACAUGUGAUGCAUUUGAUUCCCACGUCAUCUUCUCCUCAAUCCGGAAGCUGUUGAAAUGUAUGUGACUGAGACAUUUUACAUUUCUGGUUUCAAAAGCAUCUAAUGGCACUUUUACAUAACGUGAGAUGGAAAGAGUUGAAAGUUGAUUUAUAGUUGAAUUAUAACAUUAAUAACAAUAUAAUGUCUUAUUUGUGACAGUAAUACAGUAUAGAAUUAAUAACAGAAUUAAUAUCUGCUUCCAAUCAUAAAUAAUCAUCACAAAUCAUGGUGGAGACCAAAGGUUGGAAGCAAACACCAGGAUGUUUUUAUCUGGUGUACCUUCAUCCAGCAAAAUAUAUAUUUACCUAUGCUGUGAUGCUGAAAACUCAAAUUUUUGAGAUUAGUCCUAAUCUUCUGUUCUCUUUAGUUCAAUGCAAGUUCAAAAUGGUCAUCAUAGGAAUCGAGAUUCGAGAGGGUUGAGGGUUUGAAUCUUAAAAUACUGUCAGUUUUACCUCAAGACAUCAGCCUGUACAACUACAACACAUAGACACUGAGUUGUAAAGUGCCUGCCUGGGCUCUGAUGCUCGAAAAAACUGUUAAAAGUUUAAAUGUUUGCUUCUUCGUCGUCUUCUCUUUCUUCUCCUUCUCUCUCUCUCUGUCACUUUCUCUCUCUCUCAUGCUUUUGGUCGUUGAAGGCUGUGACAGUGUUUCACUCGUCCUUAUUUGCAUCUUCAUGGAUCUUCUAUGAUAUUGUGAAAUAGAUGGAAUAAAAUAAUAAAAAUGGUUAUGACAACA